AUGAGCGAUCGUUGGUUGGUAAUCAAGGCUUCCAAGGCACUUCUUUCCUCGGACAGUGAAGUGGCACCUGCCUCUGUUCUCGUUGACCGUAGCACUGGUAAAAUUGUCAAGGUCGUUCAGGGACAAGACCUUCAACAAGAGGGCGCCGAGGUUUUGGAACUUUCCUCUUCUCAAGUUCUCUUCCCCGGUCUUUUGGAUGCUCACGUCCAUUUGAACGAGCCUGGUCGUACUGAUUGGGAAGGUUUCGAGACUGGUACACGCGCUGCUGCUGCUGGUGGUAUUUCGACUGUCAUUGAUAUGCCAUUGAACGCCAUUCCUCCUACCACCACUGUUGCCAACUUGGAUACCAAGCUUGAUGCUGCCAAGGGUCAAUGCCACGUUGAUGUUGGAUUCUGGGGUGGUGUUAUCCCCGACAAUGCUGAGGAUCUUCCAGGUCUUAUGGAACGUGGUGUUCGUGGUUUCAAGUGUUUCUUGAUUGAGAGUGGUGUGGAUGAAUUCCCUUGCGUGAACGAGGCUCAAGUGCGUUUGGCUAUGGACAAGAUGGUCAACUCCGACAAGGUGUUGCUUUUCCAUGCUGAAAUGGAGGGUGAUGAUGAUCACAGCCACGAAGAGGAUGUCCACGCUGAUGCUCGUACCUAUGCCAGCUUCUUGAACUCUCGCCCCCAAAAGUUGGAGACCAACGCUAUUGAAAUGAUCAUUCGUUUGACUCGUGAAUACGCUCAAGCUGGCAAGCCUGUCAAGACUCACAUUGUUCACUUGUCCGCUGCAAAUGCUUUGCCAUCCAUUCGCGCUGCCAAGAAGGAAGGUUUGCCUUUGACCGUUGAGACUUGCUUCCAUUACCUCAACUUCUCCGCUGAAGCUAUUGAAGAUGGUGCUACUCAAUUCAAGUGCUGCCCUCCUAUUCGUGAAGCUUCCAACCGUGAGCUUUUGUGGGAAGCUCUUCUUGAUGGCACAAUUGAUUACGUCGUCAGCGAUCACUCUCCUUGCACUGCUCAACUCAAGAAGCUCGAUUUGGGUCACUUUGGUCAUGCAUGGGGUGGUAUUGCCAGCGUCCAAUUUGGUCUUCCCGUUCUUUGGUCUGAAGGUCGCAACCGUGGUGUCACUUAUCAGCAACUCGUUCGCUGGUUGAUUGAGAAGCCUGCUGAGCGCACCCAGCUUAACCACAAGAAGAGCAAGAUUGCUGAAGGUUACGAUGCUGAUUUCUGUAUCUGGCGCCCUGAUGCACCUUUCGAUAUCAAGAUUCAAGACAUUCACUUUAAGAACAAGGUCUCUCCUUACAUUGGUCACACCUUGUAUGGUGCCGUUGAUCGCACUAUUGUCCGUGGCAACGUUGCUUUCGACCGUGAAAGUGCUCAGCAAUUCGCAUCCAAGCCCCAUGGUGAAUCUAUCUUGAUCUAA